CCAUAUGGGACUUUUUUUUUAGUAAUUUACUGAACGAGGCAGAGCAGCAGCGUUGUGUGCUUUAUUCUCUGUCGAAUGCAACUUUUGAGUAAAUCGGUUGAGGUUUACUAUAUCAAAAGUGUUCUAUUCUACAAUCAAGAUGUGUAUCGGAAGUCGUUCAUAUUUUUCGGUAAAAAGUUUUUGUAGAUUAAGGCAAAAAAAGGCUCUAGCAACUCAUUAGAUCACAGUAGCCUUUUUCCCUCAUUUACUUUUCUAUUUGUCAAAAUUGAAAGUCGCUUAAGAAAAUGGCUCUUUUUUUGGCCAGACGUCUUCUCCCGAAAAUGUUUCCGAAAUUCCCAUCUGGCGCUCGAUUUUCUUCCACCAACAACGGAAACAGUGAGGACGAUGACCACCGGAACGUGCAAAAUCAGCUAAACAAUUUGCACACAUACGAAACCGUCGAAGAUCCAAACUCGCUCGUCAAGACAACCAUCAUCAGGCGGAAUCCUAUUCUGCAUAGGACGAAGACCCCCGAGGAAAUCCUAGAGGAUGCUGCCAAUGCUGUGGCCAAUAAGAUACCGGAACCAGCCACUCGAGACAACACAACCACUACGAAACUGUCAGGAGUAUCGGACAAUGGAGUGGACGAUGAGUUCGAGAAAAAUGUCUACUGGGGACACAACGGAAAGCAAAGUAUUGUAGGGUACGACAUCUUCCAGGAACUGGAGGAAAGGCUGCAAGAAAUAUUGUCCCGCAACGAAGAGCUGAACAACCCUCCAGAAGACAAAACUGAAGAAACCCCGCAAGAAAACAAGAACAACAAACUGGCCAAAAUUAGCACCGCGCUGGAGGGUUUGAAUCGUCUCCUAAGUUUUUAUCUUUUAAGAUCUUAUCUAUAUCAGAAACACUGGUGA